AUGGUUCGAAACAAUAUCAGGGUUGCAGAGUGGAUAGAAGCAUUCACCAAAGCUCGCACUGUUCUUAUUGAGCGCUACGGCAAAGACUGGUUCGCUGUGUAUGGCAAAUUCCAAAAGCGGCGUUUCAAGCUCGAAGAGACCCCUGCCGACUAUCUCACUGACCUCCAGCGUGUCUGA